UACACACAAGCACGUGUUGAAAUCCUAGAGUGCUGAGUGGCUCUUGGAAGAAGAAAUAGGGAGUGGUUUUGUGUGUAAUGGUGUCUGGUGUGUGUGUGUGUUUGAAGAUGGGGUGUCCAAAUGGUGGGGGAUAUAAUUAGGUCUGGUCGGCUCAUUACUGCUGACAGUGCUGGGGUGGCCAAAAAAAGCCUGCUGGGUCUGAGGAGUGCAGGGAGGAGAGGGGGUUUGGCGUGAAAACAGCAGAAAUGGCCAGCAAAGUGGUGGACCUGUUAUAUUGGCGGGAUGUGGGAAAAACGGGACUGGUGUUCACAGGGCUUGUGGUGGGCUUGGCCUGCCUGUUUCAGGUGAGUGCCAUCUCUCUGCUGUCCAACCUGGGCCUGGGCAUCAUGGCCUUCACCCUCCCUGUACGUCUCCUCUUCAAAACAAUGGACCUGGUCCGUCUUAACGAUGGAACUCAUCCCUUCCAGUCCUAUUUGGACGAGGACAGCACUUUGACAGACGAGACCACGGUUCGUGUCGUGGAGAAGAUUGUGCUCCUGAUUGCUACUUUAAUCACAGAGCUGAAGAGACUCUUCUUCAUCGACAGGAUUAUAGACUCGCUGAAGUUUAUUGUGCUGCUGUACCUGUUGACCUACGUUGGGGUAAAAGCCAAUGGUCUUACACUUGUUAUUGCUGGUGUGAUUUGUGCUUUCUCUCUGCCUCUGGCAUACAGACUUCAGCAGGAACGGAUUGACAGGAUUAUCAGUGCAGUCCAGUCAUUGGUGACAAAAACAAAGGAGAUAGUGGAGCUUGUGAUGUCAUUAGUCAAAACUCCUCCUCCGGCUUCAGCUCCUGUGCCUGCUCCUACACCCAAACCCAAACUCAAGACCAAAUAA